AUGCUCUCAAACCUUCUGCUGACGGUGUUGCCAUGCAACUUGUGCGGAGACGUGCCUGUGGUGAUUGGCGACCCCUGCUCGCAGCCCGAGCCACGAGUUGCUGUCGGCAUCGUGACCAGCUACGAUUCGGCCAAGGGCUUCGGCUUCCUGAAAGUCGACGGAAUACAGGGCGACGUCUUCUUCGCAAGGUCAGAGCUUCCGCCGGAGCUCAGAGAGGAGGACAAGAAGGAGAAGGUCAUCCACAAAGUGAUCGAGUUUGAACUCCAGAAGAAGUCCGAUGGGAAGCUGCGGGCAAGGAAACUGCUCUUCCUCCACAGGAACCUGGAAGGUGUGGGCCAAAGAACGCGCGGAAGGGUGGCCAAGUACCACAAAGACAAAGGCUACGGAUUCCUGGAAUGCGAGUACGGCGACAACGUCUUCUUCCUGAGAAGCUCGCUUCCCAAGGAUCUGAACGAAGCCGGCUUCGAAGAGCUCUCGCAGCUGGAGAUCUCCUUCCAGAUAUACUUCAAAGAGCAGGGCAAGCCGCGCGCACAAAACCUGGAAAUUGUCGGCAGGGAACGGAGAGAGGAGCGGCCCCAGCUACAGGGCGGUGAGGUUUUGAUCGGCGAGAUCGUGACUUUCGAGCCCGGCAAGGGCUUCGGAUUCGUCCGGUCAGAGAGCUGCGACGAGGACGUGUACUUCGUGCGCCCGGAGUUGCCAGCGGAACUUGCUGGUGCAGAGCGCAAGGAGGAGGUUGUCGGAGAGCGCGUGGAGUUCGAGGUCAAGAUCAUGACCGAUGGGAAACUGCGAGCCCAACAAAUGUCCCGGCUCUUCCCAGAUGGGGACAGUGCCCCUUCAAGAGGUGCCGAGCCGGCUGAGCCUGCGGAGCUGUCGGAGCUCGAAGACGACAUGGUCCAGGAGAUGGCGGAGUACUUGGCGGAUUGCGGCAAUGGCCAGGACUAUGGAAAGUUCACGAAUCAAUUCCCACGCGUCAAGAAGCGCAAGAUUGAAAGGCACUUUGACAUAAUCACAGACGAAGGCGGCCGCCAGCGCGUGGUUUUGCCUCCCGAUCACCCUCAGCGAGUCGAGGAACCCCUGCCGGACUCGUUGGUAGGAGAGGCCGAGGCAAAGGAAGAGGAACGCCGAGAGGAUGACAUCCCCGAAGACGACCUCCCAGACGAAGCCGAGGAGUCUCGCCCGGACGGGAUGAUGGUCGAGGAGGUGGACCCGAACGAGCCCGCCAUACCUCUGGGGCCUGGGGUGCAGCCGGUGGGCGUCAUCCGCGACUACGAUCCAGUCAAGGGCUUCGGCUUCAUCCGCUGCGAGCAAAACCCGGAGGACGUCUUCUUCCCGAGGACGGCUCUGCCGAAAUCCUUUCAAGGUAGUGACGACAAAGAGAUGCCGAAGCUGAAGGGCGUGCAGGUGACCUUUGAGCUGAACGAGAGUAACAGCCGUGGCCCUCGCUCCGACUCGGUCACACUGCUGCUGAGGUGGCUGCAGGCCGACAGGUGUUGGCUCCUGAAGAGAGUGACCAUCCCGCCCAGACCGGCACGAAACAGAUAG